CUCACUCCUGCGAAGCCUCUGAGUCUUUUGUCGUUCACUCUCUGCAUGCGUGUCUCGACGGAGCUCCAGGGCCAGAGGGAGAUCAUUCUGUUUGCCUACCGGACGUUUAGCGUGGACGAGCUGAACCUGUGGAGAGAGAAAGAUGGCCGUUUUUCCUUGUAUCUUCAGUCUAGUAGUGAUGCAGCUCUUCAGUCUCCCUCCUCUCUCCACCUUCCAGACUCACCUGUGCGUCACCUGGGAGUCUGGGACCGGUCUCACUGCCUUCUGGGUGGACGGACGUCGCAGUGUAUUACAGAUCUAUAGAAAAGGACUCUCGAUCCGUUCUGGCGGCACCGUCCUGCUCGGACAGGACGCUGAUAACUAUGUAGGUGCCUUUGACGCGGAGCAGAGUUUUGUGGGAGAAAUCACUGAUGUACAGAUGUGGGACUACGUCCUCUCUGGAAGUCAGAUUAAGGCGGUUUAUUCAAACAAGGAACCUUACGUGCCGAAGGGGAACGUGUUUGACUGGAACACCGUCAAAUAUGAUCUUGCAGUGGGUCUCGCUGGUAAAGUGCUUCUGUUCCCGUACGAGACCGAUUUCAGCUACGUGAAGCACCCGAAAAAGCCGCUGGGCCUCACGGCGUUCACGCUCUGCGCGCGCGUGGCGACGGAGCUCCAGGGCGAGCGGCAGAUCAUCCUCUUCGCCUACCGCACGCCCGACUUCGACGAGCUCAACGUGUGGAGAGAGAAAGACGGCCGCGUGUCGUUCUACCUCAGCGGCGACGGGGCGUUCUUCCACCUGCCUGCUCUCUCCACCUUCCGGGUUCACCUGUGCCUGACCUGGGCCUCGCGCAGCGGACUCACGGCCUUCUGGGUGGACGGCCGCCGCAGCGCCUUCCAGCUGUAUAAACCGGGCCACAGCAUCCGCCCGCAGGGCACCGCUCUGCUCGGACAGGACCCCGAUAAACACCUGGGGGACUUCGAGGCGGUGCAGAGUUUCGCCGGCGAGCUCACGGACCUGAACAUGUGGGACUACGUCCUCCCCGGAAACCAGAUCAAAGCGCUGUAUCUGAACCACGCGCAGCGCGUGCCGAGAGGGAACGUGUUUGAGUGGGGCACCAUCGAGUAUGAGAUCAAAGGAAACGUGCUAGUCGUGCAAGACGAUUAAAACAUUCAGUCACAAACGGCAAGCUGUUUCUUCACAGGAUGUCCUGUUUAAUUGGAAAUAAGACAAAAGUGUAACUUAAGGAUCACCUAAAAUAACCAGGUUUUGCAGAACGUGUCCCCGCAAGUCACCUUAGCGUUAGUAAGCCUACUAAUAUUUUUUCAUCCACAAAAAUGUUUUAUUUAUUUAGUUAUAUAUAUUUUUUAAAAGCCAAAUAAUGCAUUGAUCAGUCGUAACUCUGAUAUGAAACCUAGAAAUUUAAUAUCUCUUACGAAAAUGGAUGGUUUUGCUUCGAAUAAAAUCAUAAAUCAAGCGUGGAAAUUACAAAUUAUAAUUUUUUGCUACACUAACCAUUAGUUAAACCACGUUAUUUGUAGUAAUUGUAACAAAUAACUGACACGUAGUGUAUAUCAUUCGAUCUGGUCACUAAGGGAUCUGUAAGAACUUCAAUUAAAUGUAACAAUUUGUAACGGUGACGUAAUAAAUUCUAUUUGUCGA